AUGGGCGAUGCAGGUCGGCGACCCGUCGAGGUCCUACUGUACGGCCUUGGUGCAAUCGGUGCAUUUUACGGGUUCAUCCUGUCACGAAAUCCACGAGUGGUGCUCUCAGUAUGUGCCCGGUCGAAUUAUGAAGCGGUCCAGGCAAACGGAUUGACGAUCGAUUCCGCAAACCACGGGACGCACACGUACUACCCACACAAAGUACUUCGGGACCCAGCAGAGGCGCAGCAGACGUAUGACUACAUCAUCUGCUGCAACAAAGCCGUCAAUGUGGAAGCUGUGCUCGAACAGCUCAAGCCAGCAGUGGACGAGUCACGGACUGCCUUCGCCAUUAUGCAGAAUGGUGUCGGUAACGAGGUUCCCUACCAAAAGGCCUAUCCCAACAGUACGAUUCUGAGUGGCGUGGUCUGGGUCGGUGGACGGCAGGUCCAACCUGGCUUCGUUGAGCACCGAUCAUCGGAGUACACAGAGCUGGGUCUGCAUCCACAGAGGCCCGACGCCCCGACGGAGACCGAAACUAGCCGGCUGAAGGAGCUGGAGGAGCUAUUCGUUACUGGUGGGACACCGAUCGCUGUGCCGGAGCAUAUCCAGACCGCGCGGUGGAAGAAGGCGAUCUGGAACAUGGCUUGGAACUCGAUCACUUCUUUGACCGGAUGCGACACGGAGUACUGGCUAGCCUCUUCGGAUGUGUCAACGCCAGUAACACGAAGCAUGAUGCUGGAGGCAGUCGCUGUUGCGAAGGCAUCGGGCGUGCCUGACAUUGAUGACUCUUUAGCAGACGAGCUGCUCGACAGGGUGAGGCCACUUGGCAAGCUAUACAGCAGUAUGUAUUGGGACAAGGAAGCAGGAAGGCCGAUGGAAGUUGAAGUGAUUCUGGGCCAUGCUGUCAGGGAAGGCAAGAGACUAGGAGUCGCUACGCCAACAUUAGACUGCUUGUAUGGAUUGGCAGCAGCAGUCGACGGCAGGCUGAGGAAGGAGCAGGAAUAA